AUGUUCCAGGCAAAUUUGACAUCUGUAACAGUUUUUUUCUUCCUGGGAUUUUCCCACUACCCCAACGCUGAGGUUAUCAUAUUUGUGCUAUGCCUGCUGAUGUACCUGACCACCUUGCUGGGUAAUAUUAUCCUGAUCUCCGUUAGUGUCCUGGAUUCUCGCCUACACACACCCAUGUACUUCUUCCUCAGCAACCUCUCCUUUCUGGACAUCUGGUACACUUCUUCUGCCCUCACUCCAAUGCUGGCAAACUUCGUUGCGGGGAAAAACACCAUCUCAUUCUCAGGAUGUGCCGCUCAGAUGUACUUCUCUCUUGCCGUUGGCUCCACUGAGUGUGUGCUCCUGUCCCUGAUGGCGUAUGACCGCUAUGUGGCCAUCUGCAACCCCCUGAGAUACCCCAUCAUCAUGAACAAGAGGGUCUGUGUGCAGAUUGCAGCUGGCUCCUGGGUGACAGGCUGUUUCACUGCCCUGGUGGAAACGGUGUCUGUGUUGCAGCUGUCUCUCUGUGGAAAUAGCAUCAUCAAUCAUUUCACUUGUGAGAUUCUGGCUGUCCUGAAACUGGUUUGUGUGGACACGUCCAAGGUGCAGUUCAUCAUGCUGGUGAUCAGUGUACUUCUUCUUCCUAUGCCGAUGCUCCUUGUUUGUAUCUCAUAUGGGUUCAUCGUCUCCAGCAUCGUAAGAAUCAGCUCAGUGGAUGGUCGAAGCAAAGCCUUUUCAACGUGUGCAGCCCACCUGACUGUGGUGGUUUUGUUCUAUGGGACAGCUCUCUCCAUGUACCUGAAGCCCUCAGCUGUAGAUUCUCAGGAAAUAGAUAAAUUUAUGGCUUUGGUAUAUGGUGGGUUAACCCCCAUGUUGAAUCCUAUCAUUUAUAGUUUACGGAACAAAGAGGUAAAAGUGGCUGUGAAUAAAUUGCUGGCCAGGAACUCUCUUUGUGCUCUUUUUAUCUCUAUUAGCAAUUAA